UUGGAGUCUCUCGGAGAGUUCAGUGGCAAAUAUACAGACGUAACGGGCAAACAAGCGGGUGGAAUCCACCAAAAUGCAACCCCGAUCAAAUUUAAAUAAUCAGCUCCGCGGUGGUGGAUGAAACAACCGGCCAUGACGACUUUGCUAAUUUUCACCAUCUCUCUCCUGAUUCUGGUCAUCUCUCUCCUCGUCUCUCCUCCUAAAACAAUCAAAAACGAAACCCUAAAUCUCAACUCAACCCGCAAUUACAUAGUCAGAUUCGUCGAGUACAAGAAAUGGGAAGAUCACAGAGAUUAUCUAAGUGAUAAUCUAGGUUUGAAGCUGCAGUGGAAAUGGAUUGAGAGGAGGAACCCGGCCGCCAAGUAUCCCACUGAUUUUGGCUUGCUUUCGAUCCCAGAUGAUGACGAUAGUGUUAUGAAGAAGGUGUUGAUUGAAAAACUGGAGAAAUUGGAGUUGGUUAAGGAUGUUCAUGUUGAUAUGAGUUACGAGAGGAGGAGUUUGCUUGGCAAUUUCAAAACUAGGGAGAGAAUGGGAGCGUUUGUCGAUGGGAGGAAGCGGCCUGGGAAGAUCUUUACAUCCAUGUCGUUUGGUGAAGGCGAUGCGUUUGUUGCUGCUGCCACCACUGCUAAUGCCAGUAUUAAUUGGAGCCGGAAUCUGUUAUCGCAGAAAUCUCAAGUUACAUCUCUGUUUGGAGCAGAAACGAUUUGGUCAAAAGGGUACACCGGAGCAAAAGUUAAGAUGGCAAUAUUUGAUACUGGUAUUCGAGCAGAUCACCCACAUUUUCGCAAUAUCAAGGAGCGCACAAAUUGGACUAACGAAGAUACACUGAAUGACAAUUUGGGUCAUGGGACAUUUGUUGCUGGAGUUAUUGCUGGUGAAGAAGCUGAGUGUCUGGGUUUUGCACCAGAUGCAGAAAUAUAUGCUUAUCGUGUAUUUACUGAUGCGCAGGUGUCAUACACAUCAUGGUUCCUUGAUGCAUUUAAUUAUGCAAUUGCAACCAAUAUGGAUGUGCUGAAUUUGAGCAUUGGCGGUCCUGAUUACUUAGAUAUCCCAUUCGUAGAAAAGGUAUGGGAACUGACGGCUAAUAACAUUAUCAUGGUCUCAGCAAUAGGAAAUGAUGGACCAUUAUACGGUACAUUAAAUAAUCCAGCAGAUCAAAGUGAUGUUAUCGGUGUGGGCGGCAUUGAUUAUAGUGAUCAUAUAGCCUCAUUCUCUUCACGAGGCAUGAGUACUUGGGAGAUUCCUCAUGGCUAUGGUCGAGUGAAACCAGAUGUUGUUGCUUAUGGACGAGAAAUCAUGGGAUCCAAGAUCAGUACAGGUUGCAAAAGCUUGUCAGGAACCAGUGUAGCAAGUCCUGUUGUUGCUGGUGUUGUUUGUCUGCUUGUUAGUGUCAUCCCAGAGAACAAUCGAAAGAAUAUUUUAAAUCCAGCAAGCAUGAAACAAGCUCUGGUUGAGGGAGCUGCAAAGCUUUCUGGCCCAAAUAUGUAUGAGCAGGGUGCGGGCAGAGUUGAUUUGUUGGAAUCUUUUGAAAUUUUGAAGAACUACAAACCUAGAUCAAGCAUCUUCCCUGUUAUUCUUGAUACUACAGAUUGCCCUUAUACAUGGCCAUUUUGUCGUCAACCACUCUAUGCAGGUGCAAUGCCUGUUAUCUUUAACACUACCAUUUUAAAUGGAAUGGGGGUAAUUGGUUAUGUUGAAAAUCCCCCAACAUGGCAUCCUUUUUCGGAGGAAGGCAAUCUUGUUAGCAUCCAUUUUACUUAUUCCGAUGUCAUUUGGCCCUGGACUGGAUACCUGGCGUUGCAUAUGCAAAUCAAGGAGGAAGGAUCUCAUUUCUCAGGGGUGAUCGAAGGCAAUGUAACUGUUAAAAUCCAUAGCCCACCGGCCCCUGGAGAGAAGGUCCAUCGAAGCAGUACUUGUGUCCUACAGUUAAAAUUGCAAGUAAUUCCUACUCCUCCAAGAUCUGCGAGAGUACUGUGGGAUCAAUAUCACAGUAUCAAAUAUCCACCGGGUUACAUUCCAAGAGAUUCUCUUGAUGUUCGAACUGACAUUCUUGACUGGCAUGGGGAUCACCUGCACACAAAUUUCCAUAUCAUGUUCAACAUGUUAAGAGAUUCAGGGUAUUAUGUGGAAGUACUUGGUUCACCUCUUACAUGCUUUGAUGCUAAUCAAUAUGGGACACUUAUGAUGGUAGAUCUAGAAGAUGAGUAUUUUCCUGAGGAGAUAAAGAAGUUGAGGGAUGAUGUUAUCAAUUCAGGACUGGGUCUGGCUGUUUUUGCCGACUGGUAUAACGUGGACACAAUGGUUAAGAUGAGAUUUUUUGAUGAUAAUACACGUAGCUGGUGGACCCCUGUAACUGGCGGUGCAAAUGUCCCAGCACUAAAUGAUCUUUUGGCCCCACUUGGAAUUGCAUUCGGAGAUAAGAUUCUUAAUGGUGAUUUUUCUGUUACUGGUGAGCAGAGUCGAUAUGCAUCUGGAACCAACAUAGUAAAAUUUCCGAGGGGUGGUUAUGUACACAGCUUCCCCUUCUCGGAUGACUCGGAAAGUGGAGCCACACAGAACAUCUUGGUCUCCAGCACAACCAAGGCAGAUACACCUAUUCUCGGAUUUUUGGAGGCAAGUAGUGGUCGAGUAGCUGUGUAUGGGGAUUCCAAUUGUUUGGACAGCAGUCAUAUGGUUACGAACUGUUUUUGGCUUUUGAAGAAAAUUUUGGAAUUUACCAGCAAGAACAUUAAAGAUCCAGUGCUUUUCUCAGAAUCUAUUAAACAAGAUAAACCUUUGCACCAAGAAGACAACCAGUUACCAUCUCGUAGAACUGAUGUAAAUUUCUCCACCUAUUCCGCUGUUGUCGGAAAGGAAUUGAUUUGCAGAAGUGACUCCAGAUUUGAAGUUUGGGGAACGAGGGGUUAUAGUUUACAGUUCAGCAGAAGAAAUCGCAAAUUGCCUGGGUAUCCAGUUAGUGCUUUGAGUAGAAACAUAAGUUUUGAUUUAGAGAUGUCUGGCUUAAAGAGUUUCGAAACAGCUAAAAGCAAUAUACUUGACUCGACGAACAAGUACUUGGGCUUAUUUAAUAAGGACGAUCUUGAUGUGCCUGUGCAAGUUGCAAGCCGCUGGUUUGUUCCUGUUAUUGUUGCUGUUUCUGGUCUUCUGCUCUUGAGCUUCUGGAGAAUUCAGAAGAAGAGAAGGCGCCGAAGGAAGGGAUCUGGAACAGGCCGUUACAGCAGUCCAUAGCUUUGAGCAUAUAUGUUUGCCACGCCAAGGAGAAAAAGCACGGGCAAAGAGGAUGCUACAUUGAAAGCUGAAUCAAAAGCUAGGUCUCUAACUGCAAUCUCAAGUCCUCCAAUUGUGACCAUGGAACCUGUGGAUGUGGACCUACCCAUUCCCGAAAAUCAAAAGCAAGAACUAUUGAAGUGAUACACUGGAGUGAUUAUGUGAUAGAAAGUAACACUAAAAGUAAGGAUUGUAGACAGAGGCAGCAACUGAUAUAUUAGAAGGCAAAUUCUGUGGUAUUAAUUCUUUUGUGCCCAUCACCUGAUGAUCAUAGUAUAUGCUGACAAAUUUUGUUAUCUAGGAUAAGUAGAUUGACAUUAAGCUGUUUUAAACAGUUGUCCGUCAGCUUCUGUACAUAUCAAGUUAUGGCGACAUCUUAUGUAACAGUUUCCUCAGUAUUAUCUGGUUAAAUAUCUCUUUAAAUGGAGAAAAGAGAAGAAAUUCUUAAAUUUCUUAAAA